CACUUCUAACGCGUGUUAUCCGUUGGGCGGUUUUAUGGUUCUGACAAACUAUUUUUAAAAAGUCGAAGAUACAGCAGCGCGGCCGUUAUUACGUUGCAAGGACCACACAUUUCCUGAUACAGGAAUUCUGGUGAAGAGCUCCAGACUUCUGGGUGACGAUUUCACAUAUCCAUUGGGAUUUAUUAGGCAUUUUUUAUUGUGAGGGGAGAGUCCCCAAAAGGUAACAAAAGACAUUCUAAGUCCGUCUCGGAACCAUGGCAGAGACCGCGGCAGCUCCAGCAUCCAAACCAAAGAAGACGAAAGCCCCCAAGAAAACGGCUUCUCACCCCAAAUACUCGGACAUGAUCAAAGCGGCCAUUGUCGCAGAUAAGAGUCGCGGCGGAGCGUCCCGGCAGUCUAUUCAAAAGUACAUCAAAAGUCACUACAAGGUAGGAGACAACGCCGACUCGCAGGUCAAACUCUCCCUCAAACGGCUGGUGGCCAGCGGACUUCUGCGGCACACCAAGGGCAUCGGCGCGUCUGGCUCCUUUAAACUGGCCAAAGCCGAAGACGUGAAGAAACCAGCGAAGCCCAAAACGGUCGUGAAAGCCAAGAAACCAGCCGUCAAAGCUGCCAAACCGAAAAAGGCACCUAAACCUAAGAAGGUGGCCAAGUCCCCCGCCAAGGCGAAAAAGAGCAAAGCGGUAGAGAAGAAAGUGAAGAAAAGCACAGAGAAGAAGAAAUCUCCGGUGAAAAGCGCCAAGAAAGUGGCGAAGAAGGCAAAGGUGGCGAAACCGGCGAAAGCCAGCAAACCCAAGAAAGUGAAAACGGCGAAACCCAAAGCCAAGACUGCGACCAAGAAAGCAGGCAAGAAGAAAUGAGUCCGGGAGAAGAGGGGAAGGCGACACCGCCGCACACCCAGGACACACACGCUGACGAAUAAAAACACCCACAUGAACUCUCUGUAAAUAGACUUUUUGAGGAAAAAAAUGUUUGGUACAGCCUAUGUAACAUUAUUUUUGUAUAUGGUCUCUGUGCGGACUUUAGCACCAUUUAAGGUUUUUUCUCCAUCAUCUGCACUGCCGUGACAGUAAGAUCUGUUAAAAUUGUUUAAGGUCACACACUGCUGCAGAACUACGGUGGCAUUACGGUUGCUACUAUUUGUCUUUAAUUCCCCAAUAACAGACUUGAAUUAAAAAGGACCUUCGACGAUUAAACACAAACAAACACUAAUAUACGACUUGCUUAGAACUUUUGGACUGUUAUUGCAAUAAUGGAAACAGAAAAAUCGGCCUCAGAAGGACAUUAUAACGAAGGAUAUGACUGAUGAAUAGUCUUUUGAAAACCGCAAUACGGACUGAACCGAACUGAAGCGGCCAGGACGGUGACUGUUUGUUCAACAUUUUUAAAAUGAAAUGUUAAUAUUACAUUAGUGUAUGGUUUGUUCUGAAAUGCCCAUUAUGUGUAGGCCUAGUAACUCAUCUGAACGCCUUUAUACUGGACAAACAA